AUGAAGUUGAAAUUAACCAUUAAAGAUACAGAGAAGUUAAAAGAUUCGUUACAAUUAAUAUCAUCAGCUAGAAAAUUUGUUGUAUUGAAAUUUACCCCAAAAGAGUUAUGUAUAAUAUCUAUUAAUGAUCAAGUUAUUAAUCAAGAACCUCAAAUUUGGAUUAAAUUCCCAGCUGAUUCAUUAUUUGAAAGUAUUGAAGUACAAAGUCUUAGAGAAAAUACAAUACUGAUGGAAUUGAAUAUUGAUUUAUUACUACAAACUUUGAAAAAUUUUAAAAAAGCAAAUAGUGAAGGUUUAAAUAUUAGAUUACAAAGGACAGACACGUCUGGUCAACAAGGUGUAAAUUCAAAAAAUGGUAGAACAGCAUCAUUAGCUUUAUUUUAUUCAAAUAUGAAUAUUAAUUCAAAUACUUUAAAUCAUACAUUUAGAAUACCUGUUAAAAUAUUACGUGAAAAUCAAAAUUUAUUACAAGAACCAUAUCAUUCACAAAAUAGUUUAAUCAUGAGACUACCGAGAGAAUUCGUAACUAUGUUUAAAAGAUUAGAGAAAUUCAAGAAGGCUUCUGGAAAUGAUAUUGUCACUAUACGGGCAAGUAGAACAGGUAACGGGUUUUUAGGUUUUAUAUUACAGGAAGAAAAUAAAUUUAGAGUUACUAUAAGUUGGAACAAUAGAUUAGAAGUACAUAAAUCAACUAACAAUGAACCUGAACUGGUUAGAGAAACUUUAAAAAAUAUAAAUUCAAGUCAAAUGGAAUCAAGUGAAGAAGAAUCAGUUGAUGAAGUUCAAUUAACUUUAAAAUUAAAUCAUUGGCAACAAGCUUCAAAGAUUGUUGGCGGUUGUGAAAUUGUUAUAUUAUAUAUAAACGAUAAUGAAUGUAGUUUUCAUUGUUUAUUUGAUGAUACUGGUGAGGUUGAAAUAUUAUAUUUUGUAAAUGGAAUAAGAGUAAUAACUUAA